AUGACGUUCCAAAAGCUGAUGCUUCAAACCGCCCCUGUGCUCCUCGUAUUUCCGCCAACCGUUGGCCCGCAUGCUCGAGUGGACGAUGCACCCUUGAGAUUUGACUUUAGUGGCCCGAUCUCCGCCGACCAGGUCUAUGCAUGGAUCAACCGUCAUCUUCCCGAAGGCCCUAAGCCAGCGCUUGUGCGCCCAGUCAACUACAUGCGUCUGAUCUCCGCCGUAACGAUCCUCUUGGGUGCGAUCACCUUGUUCACGGUCCUCUCGCCAUACGUCCUUCCCAUUAUCCGGAAUCGAAACCUGUGGGCUGCGUGUAGCUUGAUUGCCAUCCUGCUGUUCACGAGUGGCCACAUGUUCAACCAUAUCCGCAAAGUGCCUUACGUGGCUGGGGAUGGCAAGGGGGGUAUCAGCUACUUUGCCGGCGGGUUCCAGAACCAAUUCGGCAUGGAGACACAAAUUGUUGCUGCAAUCUAUGCUGUUCUGUCAUUUGCAGUUAUUGCUUUGGCCAUGAAGGUCCCUCGUAUCGCCGACAGCAAAGCACAGCAGGUGGCUGUGAUCAUCUGGAGCGCUGUACUGCUGGGUAUGUACAGCUUCUUGCUCAGUGUAUUCAAGGCAAAGAAUGGCGGAUAUCCUUUCUUCCUGCCUCCGUUUUAA